CUUCCCUCCAUUUGAAGAACACAGCAAGUCAGACAUGGCCGGUGACGGAUCGUCUUGGCAAUGGCGAAAAGCCAGCAAGAAACGUUGCAUAUUCACGUCCCGUCUCGAAUGACGUCGACCCCACAUAUUUUCAGGAACAUAUUUGAAGCCUUGUUCAACAUGCAUCCUUGUACUUUGUUGCGCUCUAAUAUAUCUUCCAGCAAUGAUCAUGAAUAUGGGUCAUUGGCUCUUGACAUUGUUCUUCUCAAGCCUAGCUCUAGGACAGAAUGCACAAAACGAAAGUCUUCAAGCAUGCGGGGAUGCUUACUAUUACCCCUCAAAGUAUACAUGUUAUGACACAAACUUCCUUUGCCCAGUACUGUCGGGACAACCGACGUUGAGAUGCGGACCUGACUGCUACCUUCCAAGCAUGUACUCCUGCACCAACGACCACCUUGUCUAUCCUCCCUCCAAUAGUAGUAGCAGCACUUCCUCGAAUUGUUCCACGGAGGCGCGGACAUUACAUCUCAGCUCACCACCAUACGAAAACUAUUUCUACUCUGAUUGUAAUUCGGCAACUCAGGUAGUUGUCACAUCUCCACAACCAGACAGCGACUUAACACUUAUCUCCCCAAGACUUAUUGUGGCUUGGCCAGCUGGAAAUAGUGGCAUAGUCCUUUACUUUCAACCAGAGAAUGGCGUGAACGGAACCUUAGGCAUUCAACUCCUUAAUUCCACUUCCAGCACCCCACUUGGCCAAAUUUUCGACGAUGGUAACGGCGGUAAUGCAACCGUUGGGAUCUCGACAGAGAUUGAAUUCAACAGCUCGGCUGUCCUUUCUGUGGCCAUUCUCGGGAGCAUCAGAACCAUCCGAGAUUUCACUGAAGGACCCAGUUUGCUCCGCCCUGAUAUACAAGAUGCAGUGAAGUAUUCCAGUGCUCAGGAUCGAGUGGAGGUCAGCAGACUGUGGCUUGAUAAUGUCACAACCACGUCAAUCUCUUUCAUCAGCGGUGGCAAUCAAACUGUCCAGUUGAAUAAUAGCACAGUAACGUUUGAAGCGGGAACAUACACAUUCAACGCAUCCUUCGAUUAUCCUCAAUUAACCCAGUUGACUCCACAGGAAGUACUGAGCCCUGCCUCAGCGAAUCUGAUCACCCAAUCUCCCAUGCAGACGGAAUCUUUGUCAUCUCUCUCAUACACAUCCAAGCUCACAGCCGGUGCUUGGCGCUUCCUGACAUAUUUUGGAAGAGACUCGAUGAUUUCAGCUCUACUUCUCGAGCCAGUCCUAAGCGAGGGAAAAGGAGGGGCAAUCGAGGCUGUCAUUGCAGGUGUUCUCGAGAGAAUCAACAGAACCGAUGGAUCUGUGUGCCACGAAGAGACGAUUGGUGACUAUGCAACUUGGAUGAAUUUACAAAAUAACAUCACGAGUACGGCACCGUUGUGCGACUACAAAAUGAUCGAUUCGGAUUACUACUUGCCAGUUCUGAUGGAUCGAUACUUCCUACAGAACCCAACGGGUUCAGCUCGAACUCCGGACUUCCUCAGCACAACAGCGUCCUUCUUCCCAGAGAAUUCAAAUCUGACAUAUCUCGAUCUCGCCAAGAUCAACGCAAACAAGAUCGUCACCCUCGCCGCACCAUUCGCCGCUCCAGGGAACCAAACAAUAGACAACCUCAUGCAUCUGAAAGACGGACAGAUCGUGGGAGAAUGGCGAGAUAGUACCUAUGGUAUCGGAGGUGGACGGAUCCCCUUCGAUGUGAACACUGCCCUCACACCCGCAGCUCUCCGAUCCAUCGCUUCUCUAUCCCGAGGCGGAAUUCUAGAUUUCAACGCCACCCUGAUAGACUCCUACGCCCAAGUAUGGGAAGAUUCCACCCUCCAGUUUUUCGAAAUCAACAUUCCCCUCUCCUCAGCAAAAUCUCUCCUCCAGACCUACGCCAACACAUCCGGAACCCCAAGUCUAGACCCCCAAACCUCAUUCCUCGACGCAGACGUCACGUUCCACGCCCUCUCUCUAGACGGAAAUGACAACCUCUCCCAAGUAGCAGUCAUGAACACCGAUUCCUGCUUCCGGCACUUCCUACUCAACACCACGAAUCAAGCCCAACUAACCUCGUUCCUCAACUCCACCGCUACCAACAUCCGUCGUCGAUUCCCCGCCGGUCUGAUGACGGACGUCGGUAUGCUUGUUGCGAAUCCCGCUUAUGGAGGAGGUCCAAUCUACGCCGCGAACUGGACGACGUCCGCUUAUCACGGGACGGUGGUCUGGUCAUGGCAACUCGCCAUGAUGGGCCGUGGCCUUGAACUCCAGCUCGCGCGAUGCAAUUCGAGCUCCAUUCCGGAGUUUUGCGGGACAGGUGUGUAUGCCAAUGUGAAGGAAGCGUAUAAUGUGCUUUGGGAUAGUAUUGAGGCGAAUGAGGAGCAUUUGAGCAUCGAGGUUUGGAGCUGGACUUAUGGGAAUGGGACGUUUGAGUAUAUUGAUCUGGGGGCACUGCCUCCGCCGCCGGGAACGGGGGCAACGGAGAGUGAUAUUGUGCAGUUGUGGAGUUUGACGUUUUUGGCUGUGACGAGGGAUGAGGGGCUU